UUUAUAUUGCAGAAUAUAAAAGUCGAGGAUACGCCCAAUUGUGUCUUCUGGGAUUUUGAUAUAAAGUUUGUAUUUUUGUGUGUUUAAGUUGUGAAUCUUCCAAAAAUUUUCUUUCUAAAACUGUUAUUUUUCAUCAACUGUUAUUUAAUCCUUUUAUGCUGGAACUGUAAUGUAUUUGCUAGUAAGUUGUUCACAUUACCCAUUAUGUUAACAUAAAAGAUGUUAAACGUUACGUUUGUAUGUCUGUCAUCAAAAACUAGCCAUGCUCCAGAAAAAAAAAAUGUCACAAUUGUCCUUUAUAAACGUUUUCUAAGGUACUAAGUAUGUUUACUACUUAGGUAGGGUUGUCUUUGGUUGGGUAUAGGUAGCCUUAAGAUUAGGUUCAGAUAAGCUUUGGACAGUUGCAAGUUACCCCUAUGGAUCGUACACUGUGAAUUGUUGAUACCCCUAACUAUUAACUGCUGUAUACAUUAAUCAGUAGGUUAACUAACCGUCAGAAAACGUUUCCUAAUCUUAAAAAUACUUUAUCAAUUUCCCUUUAAGGAGUAAGUUUAAUGGCUCAUGGUCAAGUAGAGGAUGCUCUUUAGUAAACAGAAGUGAAUCUCAGGUUAUUUGUACCUGUAAUCAUCUCACACACUUUGCUGUUCUUAUGCAAAUAGGAGAUGAUACUGAGGUAACGUAUUCAUUACUAAGUAUGAGGCGGAAGUUUUGACAUUUUGUCUAAUCCGAACUUUCCUAGGAUGGUUAUCAUUAAGAGUCUAUUGGCCACUAAAAGAACCACAGAAAACAAACAAAAAUGAUAGUUAACAGCUUUUGGUGCAAUGUUUUCUUGAUUAGUUUGAGUAGACAUCAUUGUUAAUCAAACUUCUUGUUUCCUUUGAAAACUGUUUGCGACUCAUUCACGUUACUGCAAUAUGUUUUCCGUACAAAAUGUUACGCAAGUACCUUUUUCAAGUACUCUUGGGAUAUUUGUCCCUUGGGAAAUUGAAAAGAAAUAAUAAUAUAAAAACUGUGAAAGGUUUGAGCCCAGGAGUCAUUUCAAGCGAGCGACGAGGAAUGGUGACGUCAACAAUCACAUUGCUGAGCACCAUUUACAGACGAAAUAUCAAAUUGACUGGGACUCUGCGACAUGUAUAACGUAUUCUACAGACUACUAUCAACGUCUUACUUUAGAAAGCUAGUUACUAACUUAGAGCAAACGCCACUGAAUCGUAGCCAGCAGUCACCACGCCGUACAAACGACUUAUUGACGAGAUCAAGCAAAACUAACUACGAGAGAACGAUUGGAGAACUGACAAUUUGACUAACAAUAGACGACUGUUUAACUGUGCCAACAGACGGAUCGAAACGCACCAAUUACUGAUUACGAGUCUUCAUAGCCAAUAACAUCACGGCUUAACUGACAGACGACCAAUAACAUCGCGACGUAAUUGACCAAUCAGAUCAAUAACCAGAGUAUAAUACCAUCAACUGAGGUGAUACAACUCACUUUGACUCUGAAGAUGACUACCGUACAGGUUGUCGAAACGUCAGUCACUGUCAACAAGAACAGUCCUAUUCAGGACUACGUUCACCCGGACGAUCAAACUCAACCUACUUUUUAAAGAAUAAUAUAUAAAACAUUUAGUGGGGAGAACGACUGGAUCAUAAGGAAAGUCAAACUCGCAGUUGUUCAACCAAAAUUAACGCUUCUCCAAACAGUCACCCAGGAGUCGUUGCGUCGAAAUCAUUCGAACCUUUCUGUUUAAAGGUUAUAGAGGUGGUGGUGGUGGUUUCUUUCUUUUUGUCCUCCAGGACACACGAUCAUGCUGAAGUAAACAUAUCAAAGCUGCGACAAAGCAAAAAAGCUCCAAAUUUCAAUUGACAAGUAAAGCACUCAACUCAGAUCGAGCAUAUAUAUGGAUUUGCUUUGACAAUAAGAGGUUGGAUAACUAAAUUGCUUAGUCGUUUGUUUAGCUGAUACCUCAACGUUAUUUUUACAGACCUCUGCUAAGCACCAAACAGCCUUGGAGGUCAUUACUUACGUUGGCUGCGGUCUGUCUCUUUUCGGAGAGGUUCUUACAGUUAUCGCAUAUUUGACUUUACUGUAAGUAGGGUUCUUUUACAUGUGGUCGUCUUUGACUUCCUUUUCUUACAAUUUAACAGCUGAAAACCAGCCCUUUGAUUAACUGGUUCAAUAAAGUUUUAACUUAUACACUGCUUUAAACUAAAUCAAGAAGACGGUAGUACUGGGCAGCAUAAUGGACCCAUGCCUUCUCUGUGUCUUGUACUUUUCCACUUUUUCCCCCAAAAUUGUUUGAUUUGACUCCAUAAUUUGGCUUUGACUAUGGCUAUGGCUAAAUGUCAAAACGGAACAAAAUUGAUCCCUUUGCUGGCCAGUCAAUUGUCAAAGUAUAAAUGCCACAAGAGUUAUCUUGAAUAUUUAUGACCCAAAAUAUCUGGAAUUGAGUGAGUGUUUGAAAUUACUUCUAACUUAACUAUAAACAAAGUUGCAAUGACAAACUGCAGAGCAACACAAUUUGAAAGGCGGUCUGUGGACUUCCCUGUUAGCAGAAGUCUGUCACGACGAGACAAAAAUGAGAGGAAGGAGAGACCUCAGAAGUCUCUCUCCUUCCUCUCAUUUUUACCUCGUAGUGAGAGACCUCUGCUAUCAGGGAAUCUGUGGACCGAGGUUUCCUAUUUAUUUUUUUUUAGGAAUUUCAAGCAAGAACAAUGUCAAAUACGGCUUAACCUUGUCAUUUCAAUAGCUAUUGCACAAAUCCUAUUUCUAGCAGGAAUUGAUGCUACUUCUCUGCAGGUAUUUUAUGAUAACUAAUAAUGCUUUCUCUUUGUUUGUUUGUUUUACAUUGUUUGGUUAGAAUAGGUAGCCACGAAUGAUGAUGAUGAUGAUGAUGAUGAUAAUGAUGAUGAUGGUGGUGAUAAUGAUGAUGAUGAUGAUGAUGAUGGUGAUGAUGAUGAUGCUGAUGAUGUUGAAGAUGCUUAUGAUAAUGCCGCUGGUAAUGAUGAUGAUGGUGGUGGAGGUGGAGGUGGAGGUGGUGGUGGUGGUGGUGGUGGUAGACCUGCAAACAUCAGUUAUUACUCUCUGAGAUAUUUGUACUUAUUGUGAAACGUUGUUUAUGCACCGUAAUCCUCACUGUUUUUAAUGAUUUUGCUACAAUAGAAAGUCUGCAUCUUUGUUGCGGCAUCAAUCCACUACUUUUAUUUGGCUGACUUUGCGUGGAUGUUAAUGGAAGGGAUCUAUCUAUAUCUAAUGGUUGUAAAAGUGUUCAACACACUUGUCAAGAUGAGGGUAUUCUACGCAUUUUCUUGGGGUACGUAAAAUCAUCUACCUUAUAGUAUUCGAUUGAUUUCUCGGGGGCGAAGUUGAGGCCCCAAAUGUAAUAAAUGACCCUAAAUGAAGGAAUUAAGUGUUACUAAUACCUUUUCGACCUUAAUGUAAUAAAGGUCCUGGGUGUAUAAAAGCUUGGUUACUAUGAUAACGAGGCUUGGGUGUGUAAAAUACACUUAACUAUAAAAAGGAGAUCUAUACUUUAGUACUUCUUCGUGAUCAUCCUUUAAAAUCCUCUGAUAUUCAGCUACUUUUUUCGCCCAAAUAAGACCUUUCUUCCCCAUUUGUUAAAAUAUCCCAUCUUAUACCGUAGAGCACGAACGUAGAGCACAAUGACUACUCAAGACAUAAAAAUGGUAACACAGCCGCCCAACCAUCCCCAGUCUAACUUCUCUUCACGUUGCCCAAAUAUUACACGUUGUUUACUGCCCAAAGCUAAGUUUACUGAUGCCUAAGCCUCGUUUUUUCAGUCUCCCUUGGAAAACCUGUAAUACCCAGGAGAAACUGGAAACAAUUUUUAUGCAAAAUUUUCGAAGAUAAACAAGGUGUAUAAUGGGCAAUGUGAAAAUGGUAAAUUUACCUUUUUCACAUUGCCCAUUAUACACCCGGUCUAUAAAGGUUUCAAUAUGGCGUGGAAAGUGAAUCGCGUAGCUAUGAAAUUAUCCCAUCGGCCCGUUGCAUGUUCCAGUCUCUGUGACAUAAUCAAGUUUAGGGUCAGUGAAUAUUCUAUUGUGAUAGGUUUGAACGCAGGAGUCAUUUCAUAAGUAUUACUGUUCGGACUUUCAUUACAUUUAGGGCCAAAAUAUAUUACACUUAGGAUCGACCUUUUUUUACAUUCAGGGUCAUUUAUUACAUUUGAGGCCUCAACAUCAAUGUUUUAAUGUGUCAGCUAGUGAAAGCACACACCUCCUUUCUUUAGGAUUCCCGUGUGUUGUGGUACUGUUGUCGCUUGUUUUCGCGCACAUCACAAAUGAAGGCAUAAAGAGCUACGUUCACAGUGAUUUGAAAGUAUUUUGUGAAACGUGCAUCUUUCUUUUCAUGAUCAUUUUUUUUUAAAGUAAUCAAUUCCAAAAAUUCUUCUUUGUCUUCUAUUUUAUUCACAGCUGUUGGGUUUCCUUCUCUAAUAGUUUGGUCUGGACCUUUGUGGCGCCAGUCCUCUUGGUUUGUUUGGUAAAUAUUUAUUUCGUCCCCCUUUAAUUUUCUGGGGCUGCAGCCUAUGCCUGCAGUCUAUGCUAAUCUGAAUAGAUUUAGGAAUAUUAUUUUCUGUUUUGUUUGUUUUAUCAUCUGUACACUAGUACGAGGUUACCGAUGUCCAGGGAAUGGUAUGAUUUAAAACGAAGUCUGGGUGUAAUAGGUUUAAUGGCAAAUAUCGCUUUUUGAGGAAUCUUUCAUUCAAAGCCCAAGUAUUGGCCGUGUUAGCGAGGGCUCCAAAACCUUAGGCGUGCGCAACCUUUCAUCUCGAGGGCCUUUCUAUAUGCGGUGAGCCAUCCCGAUUAGCUGAACUGGCUGAUGCUUUGUGGGGCUGCCUCGGCUCAUUUUUGCCUUGUUCACUCUUAGAAUUGUAGUAAGUCGUGUUUAUAUAAGAAGGUGGGGUGGCGCGCUUGCGGAGAUCCCUAGGGUAAGCGUGUCACCCCGCCCUUUCAUAAAAAGCCCAACGACACAUCUUAAGAGGAAACGAGGCACGAGCCGAGCCAGCCUAGUAAAGCGGGUCAGCCUGGCUUACCGAACUGACUCACCUCAUACAAGACAGGCUCUAAGAUAUCAUAAGUAAAUUGAGCGUUUCGUUUUGGAAUAAAUUUCAUCCACCCCUCCCGUUGCUCGUUUCAUUACAUUUCUAUUUUCUUUCAUUUGUUUGUUAAUUUGUUUAUUUUUUGUUAAAAAGCAAUGUUUGCAGGAAUGUUUUUUUUUCUUUUACUUACUUUUAAAGUUGCAAAAAUUCCAAAAACAUUCGAAUUUCUUAUCCUUGUUGUCUCACGCAUUUAAUUCUUACCUUAUCUGUCCAUCCAUGACGUCAUAAUUUUAUCCACGUAAUUCUAUCUUCUGGCCUCGGUUGUUCAAACGUUGGAUAGCACUAUCCAGCGGAUAAAAAUCUAUCUAGUGGAUAACGCAAUUGGUUUCCCUAAUACUUAUCCGCUGGAUAGUGAUUUAUCCGGUGGGUAGCGCUAUCCAAUGUUUGAACAACCAGGGCCUGAUGUCUAAUGCGCGACUUUCCUUCUUUAAGGCAGGGCCUGAGAGCAUGCGUAGUUUUGCUUCCUCUUCUGGGACUGACUUGGGUGUUUGGUAUUCUAAGCGUCACGGAUGCUGGACUCGUAUUUCAGUACAUCUUUACAAUCCUUAACUCAUUACAGGUAAAAAAGACGUUUCUCAGUUGAACGUGUUCAAGGAUACGGCGCAAAUAGGAGCAUUAGAGAAAGGUCUCUCCCUUUCCUUUCCUUGAAUUAAUAGAUAAAAAAUAGCCUUUAUUUACGCGGUCUCCUGCCAAAAUACAUUGUAGAUAGUGAAAGAGACUCUUUUGAAAAUGGCUUUUAAGACCAAGUUGGACGGUAAGGUCGCGUACGAUUUCUUGACUUCAAACAAACAUAAGGCGUUUAGUUAUUUGGGUUGGGCUGAUAAAAUGCGGUUUGUUAACCAGCAUGAGCAGCUUAACUCUGUUUUUGUGACCGACGAACGGACUCCGGCAGGAGCAAAGCUAGAUUUAAAAUUGAUAUAAAAGGAUAAGAUACCACGCAUAAUUUUCAAGAGUUAACUACAAACCAACAAAAAGGUGUGCUUGAACGUUUGCUUGCAGUGAUCUUUAAUUUUGUUUUUGAUGGUUUAUUGUUUAUUGUUUAUUAUAUUUACCUGAUUGAGAAUCAACCUCUACAUUAAAAAUAGUUUUUACAAAAAAUUCACCAGUUGUCUAUCGUUUUGCACAUUAUUUUUGCACAACUGUUAUUGUCUUUAUUGAUUUGCUGUAGGGAUUCUUCAUUUUUGUCAUUCAUGUUCUACGAAGUAAUGAAUUCCGUGCAGCAUAUCUUCGAAAAAAGCAAAAAUGGCAAACAAGGAACAGCAGCUUUCCAAAUUCUCGCUCAGCUAGAGACGCCUCAUCCGUCUUUUCAGAAGGACAUGGCAUGAGCACAGUCCAAGGCACAACAGGGAGUCCCGACCCACUGUUUAGACGUCAUCAGGUGUCACCAAUGAGCUCGGAUAUUUCAAAGACUAGAGAAUGCUGCCUCACGCCAGUUGCAAUUGAUUAA